AGUCGGCGGCUUUAUCAUGAACAAAAAAAUGAAAAACUAAAGUACAAAUUAAGUCGACUUAUAAGUCGAAUUAUUAUAAUAUUAGCAGUCUUAAUAAUGUAGAUGACCACAAAAUCAUCUUUAACAAUGACCAUAACCUUAGCAUUAAUAUUAAUUUUAUUUACAACACCAGACGAUGUAAAUUCAUCAGCAGUUUUAAUUGCUGAUUUUACAAUGUCACGUAUGAUUGAAUUAUCAUCGAGGCCUCCAUUUUGUAAAGUUCAUCAUGAUAGAGGUGAUAUACAACGUAUGCUUUUAUCAGCUGAUCCAACAAAAGUACGUCAAAUACCACAAGAAUCAGUGAUUGCAUUAGAAAAUGUUUGUCAAGAUACAUCAAGUAAUGGUAUUAGAUCAGAAUCAUUUCAAGGUGGUCUUGGUUUUAUAUAUCCGGGAACAAAAUGGUGUGGACCGGGAAAUAUGGCAAAUGAUUAUAAUGAUCUUGGACGAUAUACUGAAGAGGAUAAAUGUUGUCGUGAACAUGAUUUAUGCCCAGAAACUUUAACACCUGGUGAAUGUCGUCGUGGUUUAUGUAAUACUGGUACAUUUACAAGAUCACAUUGUGAUUGUGAUGCUAAAUUUCGACGUUGUUUACAAGCAGUUAAUACAGAAGUUGCAAAUACAUUGGGUGCUGUUUUCUUUAAUGUUGUACAAAUAACAUGUUUUCGUGAACGUAAUCCAUGUACAAUAUAUCAAAGAAUGGGAUACAAUAAAUCAAUGUCAGAUGAAUUAUGUUCACAAUGGAAAUAUAGACCAUCAGAUAAAUAUUUUCCGAAUGCACCAGCACCUGGAUGGAGAAGAAAGAAGUAAGAUGUUGAUACCUAUUACUACACAAAUUUUCAACUGAAUAAUCAUCAAAAUUUGACAAAAGAAAUAUUAUAUUUUAAAUAAAUAUCUUAAAAUAAUUAAUUUAUUAUUAAAAAUAAAAUUAAUUAGUGUAAGAACCUAUAAUUAUUAUUCAUAAUACAAAGUUAUUUUAUUGUUACCUUCAUUAUUUUACAAUAAAAUUAUUGAAAUCAUGUAAAUAUUUUACAUUUUAAAAAUUUUUAUUAUUAAAAUUUAAUAUACAUAUUUGCUAUUGUAUAAAA